GUACGGGAAGUCACGAUUUUCCAGCCAAGUGGCUCCGGAACGACGGCUCCUGCUGCAACUGCUUGGCCUGAUGCUGGCGCUUCGGAAGAGACAGACAGGCGGAAAGACACCAGCACUGCGGGAAUGGGCGACCGAUAAGCUGCAGAUGCUGAAGUUUUCUGUGGUUGCAGCCGCGGCUGCUGUGUGCGACGGAGAAGAACUGGUUCUGGAAUUCACUCGCAGCGUGGAGGCAGAGAACACAGACCCUUGCACCUUGGCGUCUCUCGUGGAUGAAUUCUUGAAGACGAUGGAAACCCUUUUUGUGGAGGGGAAUAUCUGGCGGGCCGAUAACAAGCACACCUGGACACAAGUGGUGAUCGACCAGAUGAAGGAGGCCAAGAAGGAUUUUCUCCCGAAGGGACUGCAAGAGGAGCUUCGGGAGUGCCAUGCACGAGUUGCCGCGUGGGCUAAAACCAUCCGCGACGGCAUCCAGAGUGAGUUUCCGUCGCAGGAGAUAAUGUUGCAGAUGGAAGGAUUGAGUUUGGCGCAGUGGAAUGCCUUAAAUGGUUUCGGGAAGACGUGUGCUGACAAAGCCGCCAAGACGGAUAGGACUGUGGACUUGGAAAGGAGAUUUCGCAAGGUGGCCAAGGUUGUACACGUGUCCGAAGACGAAGCCUUCAAGCAAUUCCUGGAGCUGAAGGAUUGCCUUCUGUACACAUGGCGGAAGCUUGGGGACAACAUCGCUGCCUGGCGGUCUGUUCUGGAACGAUGUCGUGUAGCCCGACGGAAGCGUCCAGUAGAUGCCUUGCUCCUUAGUUGGACGGAUUAG